AGUGGUCGCUUGUAAAGGGAGACAUCCUUGGAAGAACCUUGCGUUUAAAAUAUAGAUAGCUUUCUACAUAGAACGCAAGAAGUCAUGGAUCAAUUAAAAAUGUUUUGUGUUAUUUUGCUUUGCAUAACCCCCAUGUCUGACUCCAAGAGCAUACCAAUUGGCAUGUUUAGAACUGAGUGCCAGGAUCGUCACUUCUGGUUGGCGGUUAGAUCAAACGUUCUUGGCCAUACAUUCCGGUUUGAUGUUGAAGAUAGCCAUGGCGUCCACACCAUAACGGGGGCGUGGGCCGCUGAGUGUGGCUACACUGUGGUGCGGGAUCCGUUAGGAGAUUUGGUCUUACGCGCCUCUUACCUGGCCUGUCAUGUGGAAAACCAGGUGGACACAGAGUACCAGCUGCUUGUGUGGUUUGUGAAUGUGGAUGGUGAGAGCGAGGAGACGUCCUAUCCCCUCCUGCUCACCUGCCCACUGCAACAGCCGUGGAGCCCCAGGGAAAUGGUCUGCGAGGAAACUUACAUGGAGGUGUCAGUGCUGAAACCAACUCCUCCCGAUCAUCAAAAGGGCACCGAAUGGAUGAACCCUGCCCCAGUGAACGAGGAGGAAGGUUUGAGCGAGUGGAGGGUGGUGUUCCGUGUGCCUGUGAUCAACCAGGAGCUGGGGGAGGCCCAGGGGAUGCGGGAGGAGACCGUACCCGUGGAGAUGGCUCACCUGAUGGGCUAUCACGUCAACAGCACUGGGUCUCGGAUCCUCCUGAGAUGCCCCUACGGCUCCAGGCUGUCCUAUCCUAUACAGGUGAAUGGGAUCGAGAUGGAGAUGGUCAGUGCCACUGUCCUGUACAAACACCAGUGGAUGUUACUCCGAGUGGACACCUCCGUGGCUUGCACCACACGUAAGGCCUCUCUGGACCUGGAGGGCCGCCACAUAGUGUGGUCCGCCCCCCAUACCGCGUCCCCUCUGCUGCAGCCCCCGGUGACAGACAGCGGGUUUAGAGUGGGGGUGGGUGGCCAGUACCUCAGCCCCUGCAUGGCCAAACAGCACAGCUAUCAGAUGCGGGAGCUCAACGGCACCGUGCAGAUUCAGGUGCCCUUCGGAGCCCAGGGAGGACUGGUGAAGAGUCACGUUAGUGAUGGUGAAUAUUUCCAGUCGUAUUUCCUGGACCUGUUCUUCCUGCAGGAGUGGGAGGAUGCCCAGUGGUCUCUGACGCAGCAGCGAUCCUUUAGGCCAACGUCCAUCCCACACCAACUGCAGACACCCAGAGUCAUCAACAGCACCAAUGCCUCAGAGGGCAUGUUCUCCGUGGCUCUGGGCCUCUUCCCCUCCGACGUGUCCCUGGUCAACAUCAUCGUUGGAGGAGAAACGGUGUCUUUGUCGCAGGCCGAGCGCCUGGGUCUCAGCCUCUCCCAGGUCCCUUUCCCCAACGGCACACACCUCUUCCUGCUGCAGGCGCCCUUCUCCCACCCUGCUGUCACCCAACAGUAUUUGGGUGAGCGUCGCAGGAGAUACAGCCUCUCUGUGGUCUUCACCCUCAUGGUGUCUCCCGAGGGAGACCUCUACCACCAUCUGGCCUCUGUGGAAACCCACCUGGAGGACGUGGUGCUGCCAAGCCUGGAGGGAGAAUGUAUGCCGCGCGGGAUCAAGUUGCUGUUGCAUUAUGGGAACAUGGACACGGAUUGGGCCAUGUAUGUGGGAGGCCAGAGACUGGACUGGGAGCUGGUGCAGGUGGAGGGCUACAGCCUGGAGGCCAAGAGGGACCAGUUUGGAGUGGACGUGCCCCUCUACAGUCAGGGGAUGACUUAUGAGGGUCUUGGACUAGAGGGACUGCUGGUCAGUGUACACCUGCGCCUUUCCCACUCUGACACAGGAGAGAAUAUCACCUACAGGCAUCGCUGCCUGUUCCCUGUGCCAGAGCUGCUGGUCUGUUUGCCAGAUGAAAGAGUGAUAGUGUUGGUUGACACCUCAUCUGCGUUCCCACCCAUUGACCCGCAGUGGACCUCUCUCCUCAACCCGUCCUGCCGACCCGUACACACCAAUAACACCCAAGCCCUGUUCUCUUUCAAGAUAGAUGCCUGCGGCACCCUCAAAACGGAAAAGAACGGGGAGCUGCACUACAUGAAUGAAGUGAGGUACACUCCCGUAUUUGACGGCCGCAUGACGCCUCCCACUACCAGUCAGCUCAGUUUCAGGAUCCCUGUUGGCUGCGUGCAUCCAGUGAAGGGUCCACCCACCCUGACCAUCUAUGAACCUCAGGAUAACACCCCGAGCCCUGCCUCAUACCACUCCAGGAAGGUGCGCCGGGCACCUGCAUGGCCUAACGGCACUGGCACAGAGGGCUACUGGAGGAGACCACUGCUGAGGGGACGAAAAAAUCGCACCAUAGAAACUGGAGGAUGACAUUCAGCAGCGUCCCCUGGUAUCUGAGAUGAAGCACCUGUGAUCUGCACAGCUGCCGUGGAGCAGGGCUCUGAUGCCCUCCGUCCCACAGGAAGGGGCUUGUUCCCAUGGCUACCAUCCAUUCAUCAGCAUCCCAUAAUAUUACAUGAUGAAUAUUAUCAUUUGCAUUAUCAUUUUGCGAAGUUUGCUAAAUAAAAUUCUGGCUUUUUUUGUAAAACCAA